GCCAUGGCGUCGCUGGCCGAGCGGGUGCGCGGCCACGGGCGCAUCGCCGCGGGGCUGCUGCUCAACCUGCUGGUGUCGAUCUGCAUCGUGUUCCUCAACAAGUGGAUCUACGUGCACCACGGCUUCCCCAACAUGAGCCUGACGCUCGUGCACUUCGUGGUCACCUGGCUGGGCCUCUACGUCUGCCAGAAGCUCGACGUCUUUGCCCCCAAGAGCCUGCCGCCCUCGCGGCUCGUGCUCCUGGCGCUCAGCUUCUGCGGCUUCGUGGUCUUCACCAACCUCUCCCUGCAGAGCAACACCAUCGGCACCUACCAGCUGGCCAAGGCCAUGACCACGCCGGCCAUCAUCGUCAUCCAGACCCUCUGCUACGGGAAGACCUUCUCCACCAGGGUCCGCCUCACGCUGAUUCCUAUAACUUUAGGUGUAAUCCUAAACUCUUAUUAUGAUGUGAAGUUUAAUUUCCUUGGAAUGGUGUUUGCUGCUCUUGGUGUUUUAGUUACAUCCCUUUAUCAAGUGUGGGUGGGAGCCAAACAGCAUGAGUUGCAGGUGAACUCGAUGCAGCUGCUCUACUACCAGGCUCCCAUGUCGUCUGCCAUGCUGCUGGUGGCGGUGCCCUUCUUUGAGCCAGUGUUUGGAGAGGGAGGCAUCUUUGGUCCCUGGUCGGUUUCUGCUUUGCUUAUGGUGCUGCUGUCUGGAGUAAUAGCUUUCAUGGUGAACUUAUCAAUUUAUUGGAUCAUUGGGAACACCUCACCAGUCACCUAUAACAUGUUUGGACACUUCAAGUUCUGCAUCACUCUCUUUGGAGGGUACGUCUUAUUUAAGGACCCGUUGUCAGUUAAUCAGGGUCUCGGCAUGUUAUGUACGUUAUUUGGCAUUCUCGCCUACACCCAUUUUAAACUCAGUGAACAGGAAGUAAGUAAGAGUAAGUUGAUACAACGUCCUUAAUCGUGUUUUUGUGGAGAAAAGAAAGUCGCCCAAGAAGAUAAAAAUGUUACCUGCGCAAGUUACUUUCAAAGAAGGAAAAAAGUGCUGCAAAAUCAUUGAAUGAUGGUUUGCAAGAAGGAACACAAAGGAAACUAUAUUCAUAAAUAUGACGUUCUCCUUUACAGUACCUUUUU